GGCGUGGCCCUGCUGCCUUUUUGGCUACUGUCCCUCAGCCUGAGCAUUUGUCCAUCAUGCGGAAGCCCUCAUGUGAUCAGAUCGUCUUCCUCUGCGUCUCAGCCAGCUCUUUGCUCAGACACUGUGGUGCAAUUCAUUCAACGGUGUCGGUCAUCGACGGCCAAACGACUAUCACCGGUCUUGCGCAGCGAGGGCUCGAGUACUUCUACGAUCUACCCUACGCCUCACCACCCACCCAGCUCAACAGGUUCAGGCCGCCCGUACCCGCCAAACCUCUCGGAACCGCGUUUGAUGCGUCAGUCGCGAAGAAGACGCAGUGUAUCGGACAAGUACCAGCGGACGGUGGAAGGACCAUCAAUCACAUCAUCACACCCUUUAUGCCCAAAUGGACAGUAGGCAUCGAGGACUGCUUGAAAUUGGACAUCGUCCGUCCUGCAGGCACAACAGCGACAUCAGCCUUGCCCAUACUUGUGUACUUUCACGGAGGAGGGUGGCAGAUCGGUAGCAAGAAUGAUCAUGAUGGCUCACGCAUCAUCAAAGUGUCUAUCCAAGAACAGACUCCGAUUAUCUUCAUUGCGAUCAAUUAUCGACUGUCGUUCUAUGGCUGGCCAGCUGGUCAGCAGAUAAAAGAGGCAGGUCUUGCCAAUCUCGGUCUACUCGAUCAGCGAGAAGCGCUUCAUUGGAUCCAACGACACAUCACAUCGUUCGGCGGUGACCCAACCAAAGUCACCUUACAAGGCGAAUCCGCUGGCGCCUUUUCGAUCGGCUAUCACACUCUGCUCAACGGGGGCAAUCAAGGCACGCUCUUUCGAGCCAUCAUCCAGCAGUCUGGUACUGCUGUACAGGCUGGUGACGUUGCAAUGGGUCAGAAGCAUUUCGACACCAUCGCUGCAGGUACAGGCUGCGACAGAGCAAAGGACCCCAUCGUCUGCUUACGCGAAGUGCCCCUUUCGACCUUGUCAAAGGUUGUCAAUGAGCUGCCCUUCAUCUUCACUGCAGAGCAUGCCCUCGAGCUGCCCGCCAUACCGCGGCCCGACGACAAGCUCUUCUCUGGCCUCCCCUUUGAUCUGUUCAAGGCCGGCAAGUUUUCAAAAGUACCGGUACUGUCGGGCACAAACACAGACGAGGGCACAUUGUUCGCAUACAACACCAAUAUCACGAGCGAAGGCAGUUUCAAACGAUACCUUACCGGGACUUUUCCCCAUCUGACGCCAGAUCAGCUCGAUACUAUCGUCAAGACGUAUCCACAGAAUCCAGAUAUAGGGUCGCCUUACGGCACCGGCAACUCUUACGCUGUCGGGACAGGUCAGUCCAAGCGAUUGGCAUCAUUCCUGGGCGAUCUCGCUUUUGUUGCACCUCGCAGGGCACACACUCGACUCGUUCAGGCUCAUGGCGUGCCUGCGUGGACCUAUCUGUUUGCGGCUUAUGAUCUCUUCUACCUCGGCACGCCGCACAGCAUCGAUCUUGCGACUGUCUUUGGGGAGAACGGAUUGCGCGAUAGACGACAUUUGCUCAUGGCUGCUGCUUGGGUUCGCUUCGUCAACGAUCCUUGGAAAGGACCCGGUUGGCCUCAGCAUCCCUUUUCGCAGCUCUACACGACGACCCUACUGCCAGGUCAAGACGACUAUCGCUUCGAUCAGAUCAAUACACUCAUCAGCCUGCUAGAUGUGCUCGUAUACUAAUUCCAACAAUGCAUGAUCAAUUGCCAAC